AGGACGUGCCUACGUUGGACGCAAGUGACAAAGUGCCAGAAGCAAUAGCAAACGAGCGGUAAUCAAUUUAGUCGGUCGAAAAGGUGGAAUUGUUGGAUCCCGAACAAGCUGAGUUUUUUUUGCGAGUUUUAUAUUUCUAAAAACAAAAUAGCAGCAUGCGUGAUUCACGACUGCCCAAGUACGAAUCGGAUGCCUUCGACAAUGUCGAAUAUGAGCUCCGCAUGACAUACACCCUCGAGACCGAUCGACGCAUUAUGAGUUUCGUCGAGUCACGUUGGGGCAUCGAAGUAACCGGCGGUACUGAUCAAUUCGAGCCGCUGACCAUUAUUAAUGUGACACCCACUGGUAUGGCGCACAGUGAGGGCAUGCGUGUUGGUGAUGAAAUUACGCAAAUCAACGAUACACCGGCGUUGAAUCUGACUUUCAACGAGGCACUGGAAUUGUUUCGGAAAAAUAGGCGUUACGUGCGGGUUUAUGUGCGAGGCGAUGUUGACGACGAUGGUGAAGAAGACUGGACAUGCCACUUCUGGUUUAAGCCACGCAAACCUUGGCGCCGCGAUUUCACUCCUAUCCAAUGGGAGUUCCCAUGGAACGAUCGUCGCAAGCCGAUCUACCGCGAAUCCAAUUGCUUCAUGGUGCCCAGCAAGAUGGAAGAAAAGAUACGUCAACGCCGUGCCGCCACCUCUGCGGUGCACAAGAAGGAGGAGCUGGCGCCACACACCCGCUCGCUAACACCAUCACCACGACCCAAAAACCAGCCUGGCGAGAACUUAAUGGAGACUAUGUUCAAGAAGUAGUCUACAGAAGUGCGCACGCACAGAUUUAAAUAAAAGUUGCAUGAAUUAACCGAUGGUCACAGCGGUGAAACGCGAUAGCAAUGAGUGCCGAAAAUUGUGUGUUCAAUUUUGCAAACAGAAAACAAAAAUAUACAAUGGCAAAUUGAAAAAUUCGCAAGGUAUAUAACGCCGACAGUUUUUCAUUCCAGUUCCAGAAACAAGUAAAAAGAUGAAAGCGUUUGUAUGUCCUGCCACAUACUCGAAUAAUGACUCACCAUAGAGAAAAUAGAGAAAAAUAAACAAAAAAAAUGUUAUAAACGACUUGUUUUA